UUCAGGGACUUCCCGCCUUCUUAUAAGCAUAUUCAAACCAGGAAGGCGGACCGGCCAGCGAGGGCGCCGCCCUCACAUCCCUAUCCAAAUGAAAGCUGCUGAUCGCUGACGCACCAUCACACCACGAGCCGCUUUGCUCGCUGAUUGGCCAACGGAGACCUGGUCUCAUUGACAACAAGCCGGAGGAGCGCGCGCGGCUGUGGAUCCUCACAGGUGGAUUGGGCGGAGUACGGAAGGGCUGGCCCAAGAUGGCGCCGCCGGGGGUGGCUCGCGCUGGCAGCGGGCGCUGAGGGAGCGCCGCCUGGCCGAGGAAGGGUUAAUGCCCUGGGUGUUGCCGCGGCCGCCUCUCCUUCGGACGGAGUGGCUGUGGCGGAGCCGGCCGUGCCUCGCCGGCUAUGGAGAGCGGCGAGCUGAACAGCAUGGAGACUAUGGAGACCCUCACGGAGCUGGGCGACGAGCUGACUCUGGGCGACAUCGAUGAGAUGCUACAGUUUGUCAGCAACCAAGUUGGAGAUUUUCCAGAUUUGUUUUCUGAUCAGUUGUGUGGCACGUUCCAGAACAAUAGUACAUGUAAUGGGGAUGGAACGUCUGAUUCUUCAUCACAGAGGAACUACAGCCAGGGACAACUCCAGUCCUUCUCAGCUAAUACAGCUUCUCCUCAGCUUCAAACUGUACAAGUAAAAGUGUCCCAGGCAGCCAGUACAACACCAGCUCCACAACGGGCUGCACCCCCUCUUCAGCCUCGUCCCCAGGUGCAGCCUCAGCUUCAACAGCAGACGGUGAUGAUUACUCCAACUUUCAGCACUGCUCCUCAAACCCGAAUAAUUCAGCAGCCUGUAAUAUACCAAAACGCAGCCACCAGUUUUCAAGUGCUGCAGCCACAGGUACAGAGUCUGGUGACUUCCUCCCAAGUUCAGCCAGUAACCAUCCAGCAGCAGGUACAGACCAUGCAGGCUCAGAGGGUAUUGACGCAAACUGCAAAUGGCACCAUCCAGACACUGACGCCAGCCACAGUCCAGGCUGUAGCUGCCCCUCAGGUCCAGCAAGUUCCAGUGCUUGUCCAGCCACAGAUAAUCAAGACAGAUUCCCUUGUCUUAACAACAUUAAAAGCUGAUGGCAGUCCUGUUAUGACUGCUGUUCAGAAUCCAGCAUUGACAACACUCACUACACCUAUACAGACAACAGCCCUGCAGACUUUAGUGGGUGGCAAUGGGACCAUCUUGACCACAAUGCCUAUGAUGAUGGGAGGACAGGAGAAGAUGCCUAUCAAACAAGUGCCUGGUGGUGUCAAGCAGCCAGAACCACCAAAGGAAGGAGAGAGACGGACAACUCAUAACAUCAUUGAGAAACGAUACCGAUCAUCUAUAAAUGACAAGAUCAUAGAACUGAAGGAUCUAGUCAUGGGAACAGAUGCCAAAAUGCACAAGUCUGGUGUACUGAGGAAGGCCAUUGACUACAUUAAAUAUCUGCAGCAGGUUAACCAUAAGCUGCGACAGGAGAACAUGGUCUUGAAAUUGGCUAACCAGAAAAACAAGCUUUUGAAAGGUUUUGAUUUAAGCAGUCUGGUGGAUAAUGAUGUGGAUCUGAAGAUGGAUGAUUUCAACCAGAAUGCUCUGUUGAUGUCUCCUCCAGCCUCUGACUCAGGAUCACCAGCAGGUUUUUCCCCUUAUUCAAUUGAUUCAGAGCCAGGAAGCCCCUUGCUGGAUGAUACAAAGGUUAAAGAUGAACCUGACUCUCCAGCUGUUGCUCUUGGGAUGGUUGACCGUUCACGGAUGCUGCUUUGUGCUCUUACAUUUCUCUGUCUCUCAUUCAAUCCACUGACAUCCCUGCUGGAGGUUCAAAGGACAUCUGACCCAGAUGGCCCUGUACAUACUGGUUCUGGGAGGAGUGUUCUGGCAAUAGAUACAGGUUCUGGUGGUUGGUUUGGUUGGAUGAUGCCCACUCUGAUCCUGUGGCUUGUGAAUGGUGUUAUUGUCCUAAGUGUAUUCAUAAAACUGCUAGUGCAUGGAGAACCAGUGACCCGGCUGCAUUCGCGUUCAUCUGUGACCUUCUGGCGACAUCGGAAACAGGCAGACCUUGACUUGACCAAAGGAGAUUUUACCGCUGCUGCAUCAAACUUGCAGAUCUGCUUGUCUGCCCUGGGGCGAGCAUUGCCUGCCUCUCGUUUGGACCUGGCUUGCAGUCUGUCUUGGAAUGUUAUCCGUUACAGUCUUCAAAAAUUGAGACUGGUGCGUUGGUUGUUGAAGCGGACAUCAUGGCAGAGACGUACAAAAGAGGCCCCUGCCGGUUUUGAGGAUGAAGCCAAAACUAGUGCCCGUGAUGCAGCAUUAGCGUAUCAUAAGCUCCAUCAGCUCCACAUCACAGGUAAGCUUCCAUCCAGUUCAGCCUACUCAGGAUUGCACAUGGCCUUGUGUGCUGUGAAUCUGGCUGAAUGCGCAGAGGAGAAGAUUCCACCGAGCACAUUAGCAGAGAUUCACUUGACGGCUGCAGUUGGGCUGAAGACUCGUUGUGGUGGAAAACUUGGAUUCUUGGCGAGUUAUUUCUUAAGUCAAGCCCAGAGUGUGUGUAGUUCUGAGCGCAGUGCCAUACCUGACUCCUUACGCUGGCUGUGUCACCCAUUGGGUCAGAAGUUUUUUGUGGAGCGGAGCUGGACAGUGAAAGCUGCUGCCAGGGAAAGUCUGUAUUGCACCCAGAGAAACCCAGCUGAUCCCAUUGCACAGGUGCACCAGGCAUUCUGUGAGAACCUGCUGGAGAGAGUUGUGGAAUCCCUUGUGAAGCCUCAGAUUCCAAAGGGAGCUACUGGCCAUGAGGAUGAUGAGCCAUGUGAAUUCUUUAAUGCUUUGGAAUAUCUGAAGUUGCUCAGUUCUUUUGUGGACUCUUUGGGAAGUGGAACACCACCUUUCACUGGAGAUUCUGUAUUGAGAUCUGCUCUCGGUCCUGAUGUGGUCUGCAGGUGGUGGUCAUCAGCAAUCACAAUGACAAUCAGCUGGCUCCGGGGUGACGAUGCAGCCGUGAAAUCGCAGUUUACCAAUGUGGAACGAAUUCCUAAGUGCUUGGAAAUGAUGGAGAAUUCCCUUAUGAAAGCUGUCUUCCAUGUAUGCAAAGCCAUGAAUGCCUCCUUGUCAAGCAAGGCUGAUGGGCAGCAGAGCUCCUUUGCCCAUUGUGAAAGAGCCAGCACUCAUCUUUGGAACAGCCUCAACAUGAGCAGUGGGGUCUCAAGCUCAGGUCUUAACAAUAUGAUUCAGUUGCUUACUUGUGACGUUUUGCUAUCCCUCCGCACCACUCUGUGGCAGAAACAGACAAAUUCCAGCCAGGCUAUAGGAGAGACCUACCAUGCUUCUGCUUCGGAGCUGACUGGAUUCCAGCGUGAUCUUGGCAGCCUGCGUAAACUGGCCCAUAGCUUCAGGCCUGCAUAUCGAAAGGUUUUUCUGCAUGAGGCUACAGUGCGCUUGAUGGCAGGAGCUAGCCCCACACGCACCCAUCAGUUGCUGGAGCACAGUCUCAGGCGUCGGAGUCCCCAGAGCACCAAGCAAGGUGAGCUGGAUGCAUUUCCUGGGCAGAGAGAGCGAGCAACAGCAAUUCUUUUAGCCUGCCGCCACCUCCCCCUUUCCUUUUUGUCUUCCCCUGGCCAGCGAGCUGUCCUGUUGGCAGAAGCAGCCCGCACACUGGAGAAAGUUGGGGACAAGCGUUCCUGCAAUGACUGUCAGCAGAUGAUUGUGAAGCUGAGUGGUGGCACAGCUAUUGCAGCUUCAUAACCUAGAGGAUUGCAACCUUAUCAUCCCAUGGACUAGGAUUCAUACCACCUUUAUAAUUCCCUCUUCCCUUUUUCAAUGUUGUUCCAGAUUAGGACCAUGGACAUUGUAUUUUUUGUUAAUUGGAGUAGGAGCUUGGUGGAAACUACCUUUAGUGGCUAGUGAGCUUGCCUCUCUAAGCAAAAAGGAUUGUCCACAUGGGCAAUAGACAGAGAUUUGAUUUCCAUGGGAAAACCUGGAAGAUCUUGGAAGAGAGAAGCCUUUUUGAGGAGAGAUUGGGUUCAAAAACCUUCCUUUUCUUUUUCUUUUCAAAACAGUCUACACGAAGAACAUGGUUGAGGUUUGGCGUUUACUAGAGGAUGAGGUGAGGUGCCUUGUACUUUCCCCCUAGCAUCUGUAGUGGCUCUUGGUCAGUUGUUGAGAUGCCAACUGCAUGGAGCUGGGGCCUAGAGAAUCUAGCUGUGUUUUAACUUUGUUGGCCCUUAAUGGGCUGCAUUUUUAAACUGAAGCCUUUGUAUACCUUUUGCCUUUUCUGAGAGCCUUCAGGGCUUAGGCUAGCUCUCUUGAGAAAGUGCAUCAAAAUUUCUAUGCCGUUGGGUUUUUUAAAAAUAGGAAUAGCUGGAUCUCUCUUGCCGUUUUCUGUCUCCUGCCUUUCUCCUGGGGUGGAUUUGAUUUAAAUCAUGAUUUAAAUCACAAUUUAAAUCUU